AUGUCCACUCUUUACAGAUCUAGACACUCCGGAACGCCCUCUACCAUCCCCCUGCUCCAGAAGUCCAAUCAGAAAUUGAAGAAAUGGAUGCCCCCACUCCGUCGAGCCGAAAGCCACAAUAAAAGCAAAUUGAAGACUUCAGUUAGAGACCAGCAAGUGGUGCCUGCCAGGGCCAACUUGUCAACAAGCCAGCUGAAGAACUUAACAGAAACACAGGGAAGGGAGCAGCCACAGGCCUGGAAGAUUCAGGCCAGACUCCGGUUAAUGCGGUCGAUGGUCCGCAAUGAGCGGACCGCCUUCCAGGAGCUCUGCAACCAUGAAGCCUUCCUCACCAAGCUCAACCAGGAUCUGGUGAAGACCGUCCAGGACAUGGAGGACGCCACGGCCCUCAGUGUGCGGGCGUUGCUGCAGCAGCACCACGUCCUCGGGAACAUCAUCAACAUCUUGGAAUACUUCAACAAGAAAAGGGUACAAGAGAUGAAUGCCGAGCUCCAGGAAUGGGAAGAAAAGGAAGAGCAGAAGAUAAAAUGGAAGCUUCCUUUUAUUGAACAGAUGAAGGAGGAAAUGCCCGUACUAGCUGAUGAGGUGAAGGAGUCUCAGUCCCAGAUCUUGGACCCCCGAGAGAUCGUUUUUGAGGAUGUUCUUCUUCGGAGACCCAGGUGCACCCCAGACAUGGCUGUCAUCCUCAACAUCCCCAUGGAAGACCUGCUCUUCUAGGGACGGUGCCCCAGGCUCCUCUCUUCCUGGCUCUGCUCAGGACCCGAGGCUUUGAUUGGUUUAUUUCUAAGACCCUGUCUCCAGUCAGACCUGGAUCUGCAGUUGGCCCCUCCCCUUUCUCCCCCCUCCCUUUUCUGUUUAAUUUUUUUUUUUUUUUUUGCCUCCUCUGGGGCGGCAAAGUUGCUGUGGGCUCCUUGGCCCAGGUGCGACUUGCCAGUCGAAUCCUCCAUUCCUUCCUGCCAAAUAAAGCUGGA